AUGGCCAUGAUCCGUAUGAUGGACAUGACACACCAUGCUUUCCAUCGACAUUGCUUCACAGGUUCUGUGGAGGAGCUACGCCAGUGGGAGAUGGAAUUGCCUGCAGUGAAAUUUGGCGUCACAAUGAGAUCAGCGCAGGACCCAAAUCUGGUGGCCAGGAUCCCAGUUGAGCGCUUGUUGUUGGAGACAGAUGCUCCAUAUUUAUUACCAGCUCCUGGAUGCAAGAUGAACCACCCCUGGAACCUAGCAUCUCUUGCUGCACAGGUUGCUUCUAUCCGCAACACGCCAGUUUCAUUUAUCCUGGAGACAUGUAACAACAAUGCCAGGCAGUUCUACAGAUUAUAA